AGUGUCGUUGUCGUAGGAGAGAAUGGUAGUAAUGCGUAUCGCGGCGUAUCGCGCACCCUGAAGGACGUCGUCAUCGUACAGAGAUCGUCCCUAGUACACAGUCCUCUUCUUCUUCCUCGAUCGGGGGCGCCCCCCGGGUUUCGUUUCGUGGCUUCGUCUGUCGAUCGUGAUCGGCGUCAACGAACGGGAGUCCCUCGAUUCGUGAACGAUUCCGUGACCCGUUUCGCGACGAUCUUUUUUUCACCACGGAUGCCCGCGGAGCCUCGAAGACGACGACCUGUUGUUCGUAUCAGUAUCGUAGCUCGUCGCGGUGGUGCCGUGUGAGGUGAACGUAACGGAGGCGACCGGGAAGAAUCGUCAGAAAAUAAAGAAGAGGAAGAAGAGGAGGAUACACCAAGAUGCCCUGUUCAGCAGUGACGCUGUCCCUCGCGACCAUAACCGGUAUCAUUGCCACUGGCCUCCUGGCGAUCGCCUUUUCCACGGACAACUGGCUCUACACGGAGGUCAAGCGCGCCCAAAUCCAGCAAUACGCAGCCAAGCAUGCCGAGCAGAGCCACUUGGUGGAGCAAAUGAACACGAAGUACUAUUACUACACGAGGACGCAAGGUCUCUUCAGGAUAUGCUAUCCCAAAGAACGACCUCCGACUGGCGCUGUUCAAACAUACCUAAGUCCGGUGGAGACGCACUGUAUGAACAUCAACUACUUCAUCCCCGAUGAAGAGAAUCUGACCAAGAGCUUCUCCGACGACGCGAUGACUCGACUUCACAUGGGCAGAUCGGUGAUAGCUCUGUUUAUAGUGGGAUUCGUAGCGAUCUUCACCGCCUUUUGGACGGGCGUGGUGGGUUGUUGGAAGAGAUCGCCCGGAAACAUCACUGCAACCGCGAUUUUGAUGCUGCUGGCGUGCCUCCUGAGCGCCAGCGCCAUGGGACUCUGGCACGGAGUGGAAUACUACGAAAAAGAAAAGAUCGUCGGUGAAGAAUACUACCAACAAUGGAGCAACGUCCUGAAGGACAACUCGCUAAUCUCGUACGACUGGUCGUACGUGGUCGCUUGGGUCGGCGUCGGUUGGUCGUUGGUCAGCGCGAUCUUGUUUAGCGCUGCGGCGAUUUGCUUGAGGGGCGAGAGAAUGCGCGAGGAGGCGAUGAACAUGCAGUACAUCAUGCCUGUGUAUCCUCAGAAACAACAGUACGCGUACGCCGGAUACCCGGCACCUGCAGCGUAUCCAGGACCGUACUAUCACGGAUCGCAAUACGGGCCGUACAAUUAUUGAAAGGAAUCCACGUGAUCGCGCGUCUAUGGAGGAAAGAGUCUCGAGCGCGGACCGUGUACGUGCUCGCAACGAACAAAAUGGAAUCUGGCAAACGACGUUUCCCAUAGGAACGAUACAAAAAAAAAAAAGCAAAAAUCAAGAC